AUGGUGUCCCGAGGGAGCCACGAGGAGAGCGGGGGACUGCGGACCGGGCGGCCCAGACGGAGCCAGCGCCGGGGAGAUAGGACCAGACGGGACUGCGUGGCUGGGAGGCCCGGACGGAACCAGCGCCGGCCAGAAAAAGGACGGACGGCCGAGCCGUUCCCACAGAACCCCGAGCCGUUCGCAGAGGAUCCCGAGCCGUUCGCAGGGGAUCCCGAGCCGUUCCCGGAGGAUCCCGAGCCGUUCCCGGAGGAUCCCAAGCCGUUCGCAGAGGAUCCUGAGCCGUUCGCAGAGGAUCCCGAGCCGUUCCCGGAGGAUCCCGAGCCGUUCGCAGAGGAUCCCGAGCCGUUCCCGGAGGAUCCCCUGGGAGGAGCGCGGUGUACCCAGUCACAGAGCGGCCUUCGGCCCACCCCGGCCAGCCAGCUGCCCGGCCCGGCGGCCCGCCCGCUGCAGCCGACAUUGGCCGACGGCGCCCGGCCGGCGCCGCAGCUGUAA